CUAGUAGCCGAAGAUGAUCGGGUCUAUUUAAAGGGAUCUGAGGCUACAUGGGAUACUGGCUUGUUAUUCCUGACAGACAGCAUCAUCGAAUUUAGACCGGCGUGUGUCUCCCCCUGUCUUUUUCCUCGGUGCUCAUAGCAAGCCUGUUUGGUGCUAUCAGGUGUGAAGUGGAGGGCUUCCCAAACUCAGACCAAGACUGGCUGCAUGUAUCACCCAGCAGAGCUGUACUCUGGCCGUAACACAUGGGACUCCUACACGGCUGGAGGACCUAACAGAGGACAAUGGGCUCCUGUAAACGGUCGGCCCUGGAGCCACACUCAAAGCAGAUGCCAAGAAGGCCGCAAUCAAUCACAUCAUCCACCAUCCAAUCGUCUUUAUAGUAGGGGAGAGAGGACAGACCAUGUCCAGGACAAGGCUAUCUCUAAGGGAUACAGGCAGCCUCUGCGUCUUUGGGAUUGCAAAGAGCGUCCGUUUGAGGCCCAGAACUGGCAUCCCAACUCCACACGCUCGUUCAACAAUCGACCUGGCACCAACAACGGUUAUCUAACAGGACCCGGAGAGCGCUACACAAACUGGGACAACGAUGCCAGCAACUCUUUGCAUGGAGGUCCUCAUCUGCAUCGCAACCACAGAGAAGUCCAGUCCCCGCCUCAGAGAUGGGCCUCAUCAGACUGCCGCAGGAGCUUUCCUAACAGAAUGAUGAACAAUAGACCAGGACCCUGGAAACGGCCAGUCCUCCACCAGCGACGAGACCAACAGCACCAGCACAGUCCCCCUCCACAGCACCCUUUAUCCCCCAGGGAAGAGUGUCCAGCCAAGAGGAGACGAGAAUCUGGCCCUGAUCAGUCUCAUCCAGGAUCAAGGCAUUUACCUUUAGUUGCCCAUGCCCCGUCACCAACUCGCCACAAUCGCUGCAAUCAAGACGACUGGAAGCCUCUUCAUGACAGGUCUGGUCCUCUCCAUCACUCUGAUCACAGGACCUCAACCACACAGCAACCGGAAACCUCUAAAGUGCGAGCUGAAGGGCACGGCUCUAGUAACAGUAGCCCAGCAGCUCUGAACCAGAGAUGCAGCAGCAGAUCACCACACCACGGAAGCAGAGGGAAGGUCGACCGGAAAAUCUCGUCUUCACCAGCAGACCACACCCGUGUGCCUUACAGCCACCAACACCAUCAUUACCAGUACCAACGGCACACAGGCCAUCCCAGAGCCCCACAGCACAACCUGCCACCACACACUCAUGAGGAAAAGGACUCAAGGAACCAUCACCACAAGAAAAGCACAGAACCUCAGCGCAUUCAUCAAAGGGCUAAUUCAAGGGAUCCAGCCCUCUACAAGUCCUCUGGUUCAGCCUCUCCCCCCUACUCAUCCCUCCUCUGCACUCCUCAAAGUGAAGGUCGCACUGCCAGUAGUCCACAUUCCCCUUCCAGUCCAUCUACCUACAUGGCCGCCAGUGGCAGAAAGGAUCAAUCAAAUAUUCGUCAAUGCAGUCCCAGCCCCAGAGGACAGCAGAAACUCCAGGGAAGCCCCAGUCACACCCCGAGACCUAGCUCAACAUCUCCCACGUCUCCUACGUCCCACGCUGGACCAAAAUCCAGGUUCUCCGAGGUCAAAAUUCGAAAGACUUCAAAGUCCCCCUGCUCACGACAGACAUCUCACAGCAGAUCGAAAGCAAUCAAGCCUGAGGCGGAGUUAGCCGAACGCAUCAAGAGUGACAAGCUCGUGAAAAAGGAGAGGAAAGAAGGGCUUCAAAAGACGAGCAGGAAAGAUGUGGAAACGAAGAGACGAAAGAAAAAGGAGGAGAAGAGGCUGGCCGAGAGAAAAAAGAAAAGGGAGAAAUCAGCGAAGAAGGAAAGAAAGUUAGGCUUGAAAACUCAAAUGCUAGAAAAGGAAAUAUUUACUUCUUUCGCUACUCCCAACUUCUCAUGUGAGGCCAAAGGGAGUAAAAUGGCGCUAACAGCAAUGGCACCCGCGAAGCAGGUCCAGUCACCAUCAGCAUCCAAGCACAAGCACAGGGAGAGGUGGGAACGAGAGAAGACACAAAGGCUGUCCAUAAAAACCUCUCCGCAUCCGUCCUCUGAAUCUCAGAAUCCCAAAAAGAAAAGCAGUCCUCCAAAAGUUUCCGUCAAGGAAAAAGCACCACAUUGUCCUCGCAGUAACACCGGCGACAAAAAGAUCAGCAAGAAGCCGGCCAAGGUUUCAUCCCAGCUGGAAGUCCGACCAAAAGCAAAACCAGACGAGACUCUCCCCUCUCUUUUAUUCAAAGCCUUAGAACCUCUCACUACAGCCUGCUCUAUUAGCCUUGAGCGGCCAAUCCAUGGCAAAGACGAUGGGCAGGGAGUUCUCAACGCCCCGGACCUACAGCCUGUUGCAGUGAUGGGAAACCUGCAGGAUUUGGGAGACAACCUUUCGAACACUCCUCCUGUCCUCAGCUGGCAGGGAUCCCCAGUCUCAGAUCUGGGAGAUGGAGAGGAGCUCGAAAAGGGAGUGAUUAGAAGACCUGUCCUCCAGCCAAGCCCAACCCAUUGCUUUUCCCCUCCUUCUGUCGACAGCGAGAGCACCGACGACACUACCAAGGAGUCUUGUGAAGGUACACUUGCCGACGAUUCACACGAUAGCAUGCCAGAACUCUGUGAUCUACCUUUUGCGACUGAACAAACUGCCAAGGAGGAAAAGGAGGAGGACGUGGACAGCGCCGGGGAAACUUCGGAAUCUCUUCUCCGCGAGCUUCGCCACCAUAGAACGGGCUUGGAUGACGUCUUCAAGAGCCUUGCCAACUUUCUUGGAGGCCAAAAAGUCCCUUGUCGAGGCGGUCCAUUUGGGGGCCCUCCUGCUAGCACCGCUGGAGGAGUGAAGUACUCUUCUUCUCUCGCAUUGGGGCCAGAGAUCCGUGAGCAGCAGGAUUUCUUCCCCACACUGGAUCCUUUAGCAUCCUCUGAAGCCGGUAAUCAAUCACCAUCUCACACUACCUCACAUUGUCUUUCAAAAUCCCACCCUUCGACAGAUGGUAAGGAGCCUGUCAAGGACGCCGAGCUGCAGAAGAAGCAUGAACAAGCCGAGAGAAAUGUCAAAGAGAAACACGAGGACAAGAAGACGGAGAUCCUCACCGAGAGGACGGAGUCGUCUCUUUUGGAUGGGUCACUGAGUGCAAAGCUGCGGCUGACCACAACUAACACAGCCUCCUUUACCAGCCUCAUCACUGUCACCACCAAGGAAGACAGAGGGAACUGCAAAGAGACAGAUCCCAUAAGAAGAGACAGGAAAAGAAAACGAAAUAGCAAGGACGAGGGAAGACAAGGAGAAAUAAAGAUUAAGAUCAAGACAGAAGAGAGCAGCGUCAUGCGUCCUAAAAACAAAACGAUCGAGAAUGGGAGGGUGAAAGAAAGGGAUGUUUCGUCCUCAAUUUUUGUCAUCUCCAGGAAACCACCCAGAACCGUCAAAGACGGUAGGAAGCGCCAGAUUCUCCUGGAAAAACAAACAAAGCACGGCAAGGACAGAACACGUGACAGUGAAAACUCUAAGGGAAAGAUGGCAAUGGGAAAGAAAGAAGAAGGCGACGGGUUAGAAAAGAAGACAUCGGCGGCAGCUGGAGACACAAAUAAGAUGCAGAGCUCAGCAUCAAGUGUAACAAUCAAUGCGUCCAAAUUAUGUGUCUCCACCACGGCAACUAAACCUCCCCGCUCCUCGGCUCCGGUCGACCCUCUGAAACUCAAAGCUUUGUCCAUGGGCUUGUGUAAGGAGUUGAAGAUCCUUCUGUUUAAACUUGAAAGUGCUGGAAGACAAACGUACAACUUAUCAGAGCUGGAGGCGAAAAGAAUCCCACUGUCAAAGAUCAGCAUUGAAAACACAGCAGCGGAAGUGAUAAGAGCUUGCAAAGGAACAAGUGUAAAGGGAAAAUUCAAGGAGUCCUUCCUGCUUCCUGCCUUCUCCGUCAAACCUAACAUUGCCGUUGUGACACCCAUUCCUAGAGAGAAGCUAAACCCUCCGACACCCAGCAUCUACUUGGAAAGUAAGAGGGACGCUUUCUCUCCAGUUCUGCUUCAGUUCUGCACUGAUCCCAAAAAUGCUGUCACUGUCAUCAGAGGCCUGGCUGGCUCCCUCCGCCUUAACCUUGGUCUGUUCUCCACCAAAUCGCUGGUGGAGGCCAACGCGGAGCAUGCAGUCGAGGUGAGGACUCAGGUUCAGCAGCCGGCGGAUGAGAACUGGGACGCCAGUGGUUCAUUGCAGACCUGGCCCUGUGAAAGCAGCCGCUCACACACCACCAUCGCCAAAUACGCCCAGUACCAGGCGUCCAGUUUCCAAGAGAGCCUGCAGGAGGAGAAGGAGAGUGAGAAUGAAGAGGAAGAGGAAGGGGAAGAGGACAAGCCCUCAGAUUCGUCACCCAACACCAAAGCUGGUUUGACCCUCGCCAACAGUAAAAGCAAUCCGGCCUCAACUACCAUUAAAGCCGAUUCUGGCCUUGUCACCAACACACCCGGCUCCGAGCAGAAGUCAGCAGGAAAGAUAAUCAAAUUCGGGACCAAUAUUGAUCUCUCCGACCCUAAAAGGUGGAAGCCCCAGCUGCAGGAGCUGCUGAAGCUGCCAGCCUUCAUGCGCGUGGAAUCCAGCAACAACAUGCUCAGUCACGUCGGUCACACCAUCCUGGGCAUGAACACGGUCCAGCUGUACAUGAAAGUGCCGGGCAGCCGCACGCCAGGUCAUCAGGAGAACAACAACUUCUGCUCGGUCAACAUCAACAUCGGGCCUGGGGACUGUGAGUGGUUUGCCGUCCACGAGCACUAUUGGGAUGCCAUCAACAACUUCUGUGAGAAGCAUGGAGUGGACUACCUCACAGGGUCCUGGUGGCCAGUCCUGGAGGACCUCUACAGCUCUAAUAUCCCCGUAUACCGCUUCAUUCAGAGGCCGGGAGACCUUGUGUGGAUUAAUGCGGGGACUGUUCACUGGGUGCAGGCAGUGGGCUGGUGCAACAACAUCGCCUGGAACGUGGGGCCGCUCAACUCGUACCAGUAUCAGCUUGCCCUGGAGCGCUUUGAGUGGAACGAGGUGAAGGAGGUUAAGUCAAUCGUUCCCAUGAUCCAUGUCUCCUGGAAUGUGGCUCGCACCAUCAAGAUAAGCGACCAGGAUACCUUCAAGAUGAUCAAACACUGCCUGAUACAGUCCAUGAAGCACAUCCAGAUUCUCAGAGACCAGCUGGUGGCAGCAGGGAAGAAGAUCUGCUACCAGAGUCGAGUGAAGGAUGAGCCGGCGUACUACUGCAACGACUGUGAUGUGGAGGUGUUUGACCUGCUGUUUGUGACCAGUGAGAACAGCAGUAAGAAGAGCUACGUGGUGCACUGUGAGGACUGUGCCCGGGCUAAGAGCCCAUCGCUGGCAGGAGUUGUGGUGCUGGAACAGUAUCGGAUAGAGGAGCUGAUGAAGACCUACGACAGCUUCGCGCUGGCUCCAGCUCCCUGUUCAAAGUGACGACUCCUCCCCGGUGUCUUUCAGCCAUAAAACCAAAACGCUAAUGGCAACACAAGCGUUGUCUUCAAGGCAAUCUAUUUGUGAAAAAAAAACACUCCCUGAAUCAGCCAAUCACAUUUCCUCAGUAUUGUUUACAUCACACAAUAAGGUAUGGAUACUCAGCCAAUCCAACUCUAGCUCACUGUCUUCCCCAUACCAGCUGCUGAUUGGACGUGGGUUUUGAAAUAGAAUGACUAGACUGGUACUCUUUAAUGCAAAGCAUUUCAGAACUGUACAAAAAAAAAAAAAAAAAGAAGAAGAGCACUGCUAGCACUGAAAAUCAGGUUAUAUGUUUAACGGACACUGCUGUGAUUCUAAAGCGUCAAGUAGCCGGUUCUGUGAGUUAAUUCAGGUACUUUUAUGCAAAUUCAGUAGAACUUUUUUACACCAAUCUAGUUAUUCUAUAUGUCCAUGAAUUUGCUGUGAUUCUGUUGUACCAGCAGGGGAAUGGCUUCACAAGAGAAGUAGCUGAUUGUCACAUUUGACAUCACAUUUGCUUUCUGUUUUUUUUUAGUAUUCAGGUGAACUCUGGCAUUUGUAAUACCCGUCUGUAUACUCUUUGAGGUGCUAUUCCAAUCCUAUUUAUUCUCGUUAGGUAUUUAAAAAGUUUUACCAGCCUAGAAGUACACCACAUUGGCCUUGCAAACUGUAUUUAGAGGAGAGGUAAUUAGAGGAUUAAAAAACACACAGAAAAUAAGGUUUUAUGUAAAAAACUAAACUUAAAAAAAACUAAUCAAAACUUUUCUCAGUUUCUCUAAAAUACGGGUUCACUAGAGGACUAAUAUGGUUUCAUCCUUAGUUGGAAAUCAGCUUUUAGAUGGAAGGUUUGGUUUUGUUUGUUUUCAUCACCAGUCCAGCUAAUUUCGUCGUCGGUGUGGUUUCUUUGAUACAGGCAUGGUGUCGUUUUUUUAUAGUUUUGAAUGGGAGAACAAUCCCAGUUUUAUACCUCUUUUGUUGCUAUAUUCUCAUUUGUAGAUGACAGAGAAAAUAAAUACUUGUAAAUUGUGAAUGAAUUUAUGAUAUACCCACGGUGGUGUGCAUAGACUUGUGGGCAGGGCGGUGCUAUCAGUGAAGUGCCGGUUAGUGUGAGAAAGUAAUAUGUCCAAAGAGACACACAAUCAUAAUCUUAUAAUGCAAAAGCCAAUGAGGAUGAACAGACUGACUGGCACCUCACACUGUUUUCUCAAUCUUCCCCAAACAUCCACUCUGAACAGGAUCAGGAGCUCCGUGCGUCAGGAGAUGUGGCAUACUAGUUCAACAUGUUAAGAGCAUAUGCAGUGUUUCCCCUACCAUUAUCUAAGGGGGGCGCCUGACAUCAACUUUAUUUUUUAUUUUUUUUAUUUUAUAUAAAGUGCCAGAUCACAACAGAAGUAAUUUAAGGAUACAUUUCCUAAAGAACAGGUCUGUUACCUUGUCCUUUUAAUAAACUAACUAAAUAGCCUUAUGUUAUUUAUCUUAUUUACACAGCGGCAUUUCAUUUCUCUCUACAUGUGCACAGACAGACACACACACAAACACACACACGCACACACACACACACACACACACACACACACACACACACACACACAGAGGUGAGCACACUCUCACCAGCGGAGAGUGCGUGUCGGAAAGUAUGUCGUGUCAACCACCUGAAAGCAUAUUAAGAGGCUCUGGAAAUGUUGUUCCAGAAGCCCCUCCCAGCCCCCGCCCCCAAAAAACUGUAAACCUAGGGGAAACACUGAACUGAGACUUGGCUCAGACAUCAUUUCUAAUUGUAACAGCCCUUCAAUUGAAAACAUCAUAGUCCAAUCUUUGGCUGUGAAUGUGGCUAUUGUGGAAGGGCUACACUACUUCAAAGUAGAGCGCGACUUUUAGGUGAUAGUGACAUUAUUGGAUAGUUCUUUAUGUGUAAAAAAAAAAACUACUGAUGGUGACACUACUUCAUUACUGUAUCCUUAGACUAGAACAAUCUGCAAGCACAUGUUUAUUUGCUCUGGCGUAUUUGACCUGGCUCCAUCCUGUUCUGGCAGAUUACAAUCAGGCACAGUUCAGGUCAGCCUGAUCACAGCUGUUUAUCUUAUAUUGUGUGUGUUUAAGGGCCAUUGAGGCUUUUUUGUAAACAAACAAGAUGACUACCACUGAUAUGGAACUUUCUGAAUUCACAAACUUUUUGUUAUUAUACUGUAGUCGCUUUGUAGUGAUCUCACAGCAAUAUCUCAUCUACCACAAGAUAUUUUCAGCUUACCUUCCAGGCUCCCAUCUCACAGACAAACGUGUAAAUUCUGUUCUUUAAUUCAAUCAUUCAUUCUGUUCUUAAAUGGCAGACACUGGCCCUCAUGUAUCCAACGUAUCCGUCUGUGUCUGAGAGUCAUUAGAUCAUACUGCAGUGCCUGUUACGACAGACAGAGUUAGAGGUGCACAGAUUUAUUGUUAGAUAAGAUAUUGCACCUCAAAAGUAUUUUAUAUUACGCUCCACCUCAAACAAUCUCUGUAUAUCUCGGCUACAUCGCUUUUUAAAUAACGUUGAGCAGUGCGAUCUGUCAGGUGAUUUCUUUAGUUGUGUGUUAUUUUUGAUGAAUUCAUGUUUUUUUUUUAAUCGUUUUACUUGUUUUAGAUUAGAGAGGCUUCUUUCAGUAAUUACAUGUUGAAAGUUCCCAUGCGCACAGGAAUAUCACUGCAGAAAUAUUGAGACAAAAACAGGUACUUUAAAAGGACGGGCAAAUCUCCAGAGGAAACUAAAUACAACGUUUAACCUCUGAAGAAGGAAAUGUUUAAGAAUACAGAACAUCAUCGUUCGAUCAUAACUAAUCGGUAUGUCCGGAGAUUAUAAUAAUCAAUGAUACGCUGAAGUGAGACUUCAGGCCAGACUACAUGUGACAUAAUAACGAAUAAAGAAAUCUGGGGGCUGUAAUUGCUACUACUGUAUUACGUAUCUCCAUGCCGUAAACUCAGGGGUAGAGGACAGCUGAACUGUGACUAUAUAGGGGCAUGGUAUUAAAAUGACGAUCGUUUCCAGCCGCCACACUUAUCAACACCGGUCACCCGUACGCUGUGAUCAGCCAGAUACACACAUUUUAUAGGUCACCACGUUGACCCUGUCGUACGAUGAUUUCUACACCUAAAUCUGCUCUGGUUUCUACACCAGAUUAAUAAGUGAGGGCCAGACUGUGAGCAAUGAUGGCCCUGACUUCAGUAUUGUUAGGAUUUAAAUUUACACUGGCACCUCAUCAACUGUUACAACUAAGGGAAAGAAAAGUCUCACCAAAUGUUCCUGUUGUUGAAACUAGCUAUCCAUUCUAGUAAAUAACAUCUACAUCCUGAUUGGUUGUAAUAUCCAGAGGCAUUUUCUCUGCAACCGUAGACAACACCUGUUGAACAUUUCAAAAUACAUUGAGAUGUUUCAGAUUCAUUUUUGGCUUAAAUUGGUUCAAAUUGCCAUAAACCUUGUUUGCUGCGUCUUCUUUUAUAUAUCAGCAAACAUAAGCACAAGUAGCUGCAAUAAGCUGAUAUUUCAGCCUGGAUGAUAUUGGUCUAGCUCUACUUUCAAGUGCAUUCAAAAGCUUUUGUUCCUUCAUAUAAUACGAUUGUUGCUUCAUUGGACUGUAUACAUGAGUUAAGUCCAAUCUUUAAUUACUUAAAUUGAUGUUAAGCAUAAUCAAAUCUCAGUGAUCUAAGCCCUGCCCGUAUCAGUCUGUGCACCCCAUUCACUGUACAUAUUGUAUCUGUUUUCAGGUUUACUAGAAGACUUCUGUAGUUUUGUUCUCAGUCAGAUAUCUAAUUUGUAUAUGGUCAAAAUUUGUCCACCUCAGUCGCUUGUUUUUGUUUUUGUUGUUGCUAUAUUAUAAAAACACCCAGAAAAUAUCCUGUGUCACUCUAGUUUAAAUUACUGCAAUGGGAGUUUUUGUUCCCACUUUUAUACCUCUUUUUGUUGACAGUUUCUGUUUUUUGGAUUACAGAGAGAAUGGAAAAUUGUAAAUGGUGACAUUAUUUAUACUGUAUAUGGUUGUUUUCUUAUAUAUUUAUUGCAUAUCAAAGGGUACUUCAUUUGAUAAGAGCCUAAAAGGUAUUUUAAUGAUGUAGUAUGGUCAUAGUGUGUGGGGCAGUGGAAGUGCAAUUGGGGGACAGUUAAAUGUUCAUGGUGCUAGCCCCCUCCUUGCCUCAAUGCCCCCUUAUUAAAAAGCAUAUAAUGAUGAAUGAUCAAAAGUCAGUGAUACAACUCAAUCCACUGGUUGGUGCUUAGAACCUUUUCACAACAGUAACUGGUAACAGAAAUGAACUGAUGUCUUUGUACUGUAAGUAACAGAUGAAUACGAGAUCUUUUUAAAAUGUUUUCUUUUCCAUUGUAUGAAAUUCAUUAUCUUGUGAGGCAUUAGUGGUUUUCUGAAGAGCAUUAGCAGUAGUUGUAAUUAUUGACACUUUUACAGAGACUUUUAGGGAUGUGACUUUAAAUGACGUCGAAGGUUUCGUUUUUUCUCUGUGUCUCGUCCUCAUCAUUAUUAUUCGUAGUAUUUUUUGAAGGAUGUAAUAAUGCUCUUUUAUUCCUCUUGACUUGUUUGAUUUCUGCUGCACUUAUUGUUUCUAAAAGAACUCACAUAGAAGAAACCUGAGCCAGACCUGUCUUAAAUCCCUCUGUGAUUUUUCUGUGACAUACUGUAUUGUUGUUGGAUGAAAUAAAAUGUUUUGAUAAAUUAUUCAA